AUGGCCUUGAAGUUCGACUGCCUGUUCUUCGUCGAGUAUUUCGCCAUGGACUUGAUCAUGAGCGAUGAUGGAAAAUGCUUGGGCUGCGUUGCAAUGUGCAUGGAGGAUGGCUCGAUCCAUCGCUUCGGCGCCCAUUCGACGAUCAUCGCCACGGGUGGCUUUGGCCGAGCCUACCAGUCUUGCACCUCUGCGCACACGUGCACAGGAGAUGGUAGUGCCAUGGCUUCUCGCGCUGGGCUCCCCAUGCAGGACUUGGAGUUCGUUCAAUUCCACCCGACAGGUAUUUUCCCAGCUGGCUGCCUGCUCACAGAGGGUUGCCGUGGUGAGGGCGGCAUCCUGCGCAACAGCGAAGGCGAGCCCUUCAUGGCGCGCUACGCGCCCACAGCGAAGGAUUUGGCCUCGCGCGACGUGGUGAGCCGUGCGAUGACCUUGGAGAUCCGCGAGGGCCGUGGUGUGGGUCCCAACAAGGAGAGGGAUCGGCUUUGGUGCACGGACCACAUCUUCCUGCACCUCGACCAUUUGCCUCCAGAGACCUUGGCUGAACGUCUCCCAGGCAUCUCCGAGACUGCGAAGAUCUUUGCGGGCGUGGAUGUGACCAAGGAACCGGCACCAGUGCUGCCUACCGUGCACUACAACAUGGGUGGAAUCCCGACCAAUUGGAAGACACAGGUGGUCAAGGAUGCUGAAGACACUAUUGUUCCUGGUCUCUUUGCAGCUGGUGAGGCGGGAUGCGCAUCGGUGCACGGCGCCAACCGCUUGGGCGCCAAUUCCCUCUUGGACUUGGUCGUUUUCGGCCGUCAGGCUGCGGACACCACGGCCGAACUGGUGAAGCCCAACAGUCCUCCAGUGGUGUUGCCCAAGAACGCAGGUGAAGCAUCCAUCGCCCGCAUGGACAAGAUGCGCCACUGCAGCGGGCCGAUCCCCACCGCAGUGCUGCGGCGCGAGUUGCAGGCUUUCCGCGUUACCAUGCAAAAGUAUGCGCCUGUAUACAGAAAUGCCGACGACUUGGCCAAGGGUAAGGAGGCGGUCGUUGAAGUCAUGAAGAAGUUCAAGGAUGUGGGCGUCUCGGACCGGACCAUGAUUUGGAACACAGACCUCAUUGAGACCUUGGAGCUUGAAAACCUCAUCAACCAGGCGGCACAGGAGAUGUAUGCGGCCGAGGCUCGCAAGGAGUCGCGGGGCGCCCAUGCACAUGAGAACUUCCCGGACCGAUUCUUGGCCACGAGGUGUGGUGAGGAGUACAUCGGCGACGACGAGAACUGGAUGAAGCACACACUCUCGUGGCUCGACAAACCUCACGUGGAGGAUGCCAAAGUGGUCCUGAAGUAUCGCAGGGUCAUCGACCAGCCCUUGGACAAGGAGACCCGACUCGUGACGAGACCAGCCCCAGGUCCGGAGCCAGGUCCGGUCCAGGUGCGAUGGUUAAGACCCAGCAGUCAAGUCACCCCACCUAGGUGCGGCACCCAACGUGGCCCGUUCCACCAGCCGGUGAUGGUGGAAUCAGUCGCAAGGAGGAUCCAGGGAAACUUCGUUCGAUGUGAUGUUUGGAGUAAAAGAGUCUUUGAUUCACCUUGGAUCUGGGCUCUGACGCUAAGACCCCUGUUGACAUCCUUCAGCCUCGCUCCUCUCCGAGUCUGA